GGUAAAAGGGUGGAUGCCAGGCUCUUCUCUUUUCGGAGCGCAUACUUGGACGACAAAAAGUAUCCGAACUCCCCCCCCCCCCUGAACGCUUGGUUUUGGUCGUCGCAUGAUUUUGUUUGUGUUGACAGAGGAUACGAAAAGGAACAGUAAAAAGCGAUACGUUCCACAGUCCUCAUUCUCUUUUUGUUUGUUAUUUUCGAAAUUGUUUUAUUUAUUUGUUUGUUUAAAGAAAAAAAAAACACAGCAUAUUCUCCUAGUAAAUAAUGAGCGCUCACGGUGGUUCGCCUCAAUCGGCUGCACCGACCAUGGAGCAGCCUGCUUGGCAGCCAGAAAUGGCAAACGGGGAGCCAUAUUCACGGGCGUGUGAUCAAUGUCGGACACGGAAGAUUCGAUGCAACAGAGAAGUACCAUGUUCAAAUUGUCGGACAGCAUCUCGAGCAUGCACGACAACGGGCAUGGGACGGAGAGGACACCCAGGAGGGUCGAGAAUUCUCGUUUCGAGUCAAUAUGAAAGAAAGAUUGACCGCAUCGAGGAGAGGCUGAGCGCCAUUGAGGGCCUCCUCAGGGCGCGGCUUCCAGUAAAUGGCUUCCAGGGACCACCGGCGUCGUCAUCAUCUUCGACCGGGCCCGGGGCCAUGUCGCAGCAGAUCCCCAUCAGGACGGCGACGGCAGGGUCGUCGUGCGCGGGGACGUCGUCGACGCCAAACGCAGCGCUCAAGAACUCGGCCAGCGACAGCCACUGCAGCUCGCCGCUCGACUUUGACUCGCCGGCGACGUACGAGGGAGGCUCGUCGCUGACGGCGCAGUCGACGCUGGCGGGCGAGUUCUUUGAGAAGGCGGUGCUGUUGGGCAGGACGCCGGGGUUUUACGGGGACGGCGGCGACGACGAGAUCAACGCCCGCAUGCGCGACGCCCUCGCGUCCCUGAAGCAGAUGGUGGCCAUGCAGAGGGAGAAUGCCUCGGCGGACGAGCUCACUCCGGGCUGUUCUGGUCGGAACCCGGAGGAGGGCAAGGUCGGGGGUGAGGAUGGCGCUCUGCAGAAGCUCGAGAUGCCGCCCAUGCCGGCGGUGCUGGCCAUCUUGAAGAGGAUCAAAGAGUCCAACUCGAGAGUGUUUGAAGACGACAUGGCAUUUCUCGACAUGGAAGAGUUCAUUGGGCUCUGCAAAAACGUCUACUUUGCCACCGAGGAGUUUUCUGAGGCGACCUUUAUCAUUGUCAACGCGGGGCUGUACCACAUGUUCGCGUCCGAGUUUGACGCGACCGACGACGAGGGGCUGAGGGAGCAGUACUGCGCCUACGAGGACCAGUGCCAGUCCAACCUGGACGCGGCGUUUUUGCGGCUGCCGCUGUGCCUCCCGGCGACCAUGAUGAACAUCAAGGCCCUGCUGUUUGGCACCAUGCACACCAUUGGCUACGUCUGCAAGCCCAAGCUGGCCUGGACCCUGAUAACCACGGCGGCGCGGAUGGUGCUUACGUUGGGCUUCCACCGGAUCGACAACAACUCCCCGGCCUCGGACAUGGCAAUGACGGGAGGUCCAGCAGCGACGUCGGGCACAGCAGCGAUGGCAUCGAUGGCAGCUACGCCAGCAGCGGCAGCCACGACAACACCAGGGGCCAUAUCAGCAGCGACAUCCCCAGCAGCAGCGGCGACGGCAUCGACGGCAACCAACGGCAAGACCAACAUCAAGGUGCUCAUCUUUUGGUACGUGUACACGAUCGAAAAGGCCCUCGCGCUCCGCCUCGGCUACUCGUCGGUGAUACGGGACCACGACAUCACCAUCCCCUACACGCUCGACACCUCUGUGCAGCCGGGCCCCUUUUCGGGUCUGGUUAACGCGUGGGUCAAGCUGGCGGUGAUACAGUCGCGGGCGUACGAGCAGCUGUACAGCCCGCAGGCGCUGGCGCAGCCGCGCGAGAUGACGGUGUCGUGCGCGCGGGGCUUGGGCCGGCAGCUCGAGGCGGUCAUGGACGAGGCCAAGCGGGCCCGCGACGCGCUGGCCGAGGCGGUGGGCCCCGACUUCAAGUAUACUGGGUCGCUCGACAUGCAGCUCAAGGGCGACGAGAUCAUCUGCUACACGACGCUCACCCUCAUCUACCGCGCCUUGCCGGCCCCGGAGGGCUCGGUCGACAGCUUUGACGCCCAGUGCGUCGAGGCGGCCAGGCGCGUCUUGGAGAUUCAUCAGGAGUGCAUGGCGGCCACUGCGGACAACAUGCAUCUGCAGGUGUCGCAAAUCCAUUGGUCCGUCCUCCUCACCCCGUUCGCCCCAUUCUUUGUCAUCUUUUGCCAAACCAUCUCGACCUCGUCGUCAGCCGACCUGGCGCUCAUCCAAGCCUUUGCGGCGUCCCUGAUCCCGGCCAGCGAGUACUCGGAGCCCGUCAAGCGUCUGCAGCGGCUGUGUGACGUCUUUUGCAAGGUCGCGGCCGUCUACCUCGAAGCCAAGGCCCGGGCCAGCCAGGUCGGCGACCAGGACAUGAUGCAGAUCGGUAACGAGUUCGACAUGUACUUUGGGGCACUGGGCUUGAUGCAGCACCAACAGCAGCCCAUGGUUCAACCGCAGUGGAAUGGUUCACAUCACCACCAGCAACAACAACAGCAGCAGCAGCAACACCAUCAGCAGCAACAGCAGCAACAACAGUUUGCCCCGGUUCAACACCACCAGCAACAUCCCCAACAUCAGCAACAAGACGUUCAGAAUAUGGGAAUGAUGAUGCCGGGCUUUGAUAUGGGAUUAGGGGAUUGGUAUGCAGGAAGCAGGAGUAUUAUGGGCUUGUUGGAGGGAGACAUGUCUACGUUUGGGAUGCCGCCUGAGGCUGGGCAUGGACAUGGACAUGGCCACGGCCAUAUUCAUGGGGGGCAUAUGGGAUGACAUGUAUAAUGGGUUGUGACUCUGGAAUAAGAAGAGCCAAGACUUGACCAUUUAUUUCAACUGAGGACAGGUCCAAGUCUAGUGCGUGGCAAGAUAUUUAAUCAACUUUUUAUUUUUAUUUUUACUUUUUCAAUCAGAAAAACAUAUCAUGCCACGACACCCACGCAGUUUAACAACCCGAAACAAAACAAACCACGGGUGGCAAAUGUGAC